GACUGUGGAGCUCCUUACCCGAAAAUUGGAGAUGCUUGGGGCAGAGAAGCAAGGAACAUUUUGUGUGGACUGUGAGACCUACCACACAGCUGCCUCUACCCUUGGCAGCCAAGAUUCUUUGGAUGGGGAGAGACCUUGAAAGGACCUGCAACUUCAGUCAAUAUCCCACUUAAUCAUCCCAGGUAAUAGAGAAGAAACCUCACCAAUGACUCUGGAGUAAUAUGGAAGAGGAUGGAAAAAGCUUGUUUAAUGGGUUAAAAGAGCGGAGACUUCUCUGAGACAUGGAUAGAUGCAAACAUGUCGGGCGGUUGCGGCUGGCCCAGGACCACUCCAUCCUGAACCCUCAGAAGUGGUGCUGCGUGGAGUGCUGCACCACCGAGUCGGUGUGGGCUUGUCUGAAGUGCGCCCACGUGGCCUGCGGCCGGUACAUGGAGGAUCACGCUCUGCGACACUUUGAAGAGACUGGACACCCGCUAGCCAUGGAAGUCCGGGAUCUCUACGUGUUCUGUUACCUGUGCAAGGACUACGUGCUCAAUGAUAACCCGGAAGGGGACCUGAAGCUUCUGCGAAGCUCCCUCUUGGCCGUCAGGGGCCAGAAGCAGGAGCAGCUGGUGAAACGUGGGCGGACGCUCCGCUCCAUGGCUUCGGGCGAGGACCUGGUCCAGCUGCAGCGCGCUCCUCAGGGACAGCCGCAGAUGCUGACGGCUCUGUGGUACCGGCGCCAGCGCCUGCUGGCCAAGACGCUGCGGAUCUGGUUUGAGAAGAGCUCCCGGGGCCGGGCGAAGCUGGAGCAGCGGCGGCAGAAGGAGGCGCUGGAGCGCAAGAAGGAGCAGGCGCGGCAACGGCGGCGCGAGGUGAAGCGGCGGCUGCUGGAAGAGCUGGCCAGCGCCCCUCCGCGCAAGAGCGCGCGGCUGCUGCUGCACGGGCCCCGCGACGCGGCCACGGCCACGGCCGAGGGGCGCCCCGCCACUCUCCCUACCUCAAGGAAAGCUCCGGGCGGCAAACUCAAGCAGCGCCGCAAGCCGGCCGUGGCCCCGGGCGUCACGGGCCUGCGGAACCUGGGGAACACCUGCUACAUGAACUCCAUCCUCCAGGUCCUCAGCCACCUCCAGAAGUUCCGAGAAUGUUUUUUGAACCUUGACCCUUCCAAAACGGAACAACUGUUUCCCAAAGCGACCAACGGGAAGGCUCACCUAUCCAGCAAGCCAGCCAGUAGCUCGGCCACUGAGGUGUCGGCCAGGGGCGACAAGGCUGAGUUGUGUGACCGGGAGGGCCUCUGCUUGAAUGGGGGGGCCUCCAUCAGCCGGAGCCUAGAACUCAUCCAGAACAAGGAGCCGAGCUCGAAGCACAUCUCCCUCUGUCACGAACUGCACACCCUCUUCCGAGUCAUGUGGUCUGGGAAGUGGGCCCUGGUGUCGCCCUUCGCCAUGCUUCAUUCCGUGUGGAGCCUGAUCCCUGCCUUCCGUGGCUACGACCAGCAGGACGCGCAGGAGUUUCUCUGUGAGCUGCUGCACAAGGUGCAGCAGGAACUCGAGGCCGAGGGGACCACGCACCGGAUCCUUAUCCCCUUCUCCCAGAGGAAGCUCACCAAGCAGGUCUUAAAAGUGGUGAAUACCAUAUUUCAUGGGCAGCUACUCAGUCAGGUCACAUGUAUAGCAUGCAAUUACAAAUCCAAUACCAUUGAGCCCUUUUGGGAUCUGUCCCUGGAAUUUCCUGAACGCUACCACUGCAUAGAAAAGGGGUUUGUCCCUUUGAAUCAGACGGAGUGCCUGCUCACUGAGAUGCUGGCCAAGUUCACAGAGACAGAGGCCCUGGAAGGGAGAAUCUACGCUUGUGACCAGUGUAACAGCAAACGACGAAAAUCCAAUCCAAAACCCCUUGUUCUGAGUGAAGCUAGAAAGCAGUUAAUGAUCUACAGACUACCUCAGGUCCUCCGGCUGCACCUUAAAAGAUUCAGGUGGUCUGGCCGUAAUCAUCGAGAGAAGAUUGGGGUCCAUGUCGUCUUUGACCAGGUAUUAACCAUGGAACCUUACUGCUGCAGGGACAUGCUCUCCUCUCUUGACAAAGAGACCUUUGCCUAUGAUCUCUCCGCAGUGGUCAUGCACCACGGGAAAGGGUUUGGCUCAGGACACUACACAGCCUAUUGCUACAACACAGAGGGAGGUUUUUGGGUCCACUGCAAUGACUCAAAGCUGAAUGUAUGCAGUGUCGAGGAAGUGUGCAAAACCCAGGCCUACAUCCUUUUUUACACUCAAAGAACAGUGCAGGGCAAUGCAAGAAUCUCAGAAACCCAACUCCAAGCUCAGGUGCAGCCCAGCAACACCGAUGAGGGCAAACCACGGACAUUCCCCUGAGUGGGAGGCAUGUAUCAAGGACUGGCUUGUUUUUAACCUAUUGGUGUUCAUACAUCUUCCCUCUUGUAGGAGUGAGGCUGACUGCAGGAACAGAGUACUAGGUUUGGCUCACUGGGUCUGGAGUAGAAGAUGCCAGGUGACUCUUGCCCUAUCAUAAAAUCUAUAGUCACCUUUUUUUGAAUGGAUGUGGAAAUCCUCUCCUUUCAUAAAACAAAUCAAAAGGAGUAACUUCUGUGAAGAUUCUGAAUAUAGAGGGACCUGCGUAGAGGAAAGAGGGCAUAAAUCGAUCUUAUCUAGCCAGGAGAGAAGCCAUGUUUUCUCCAUUAUGUGAUUCCCCUGCUAAUCAGGGGCCUCCUGGCAACACCAGAACCCUGCCGAUGUGAGCAGCCCUGGACAGAGCACUUAAGGAGGGGCCCUGGGCUGGCAGCUUGUUGGACAGGAUUGGUUCAGUAGGGGGAGAUGAAGUCUAAGGAUUUAUUCCCACAAAGGAAGUAACCCUCAAGGGUUGAAAACAUGCAAGCUUCCUUUUUUUAAGGGAUAACAGUUGAAGAGUAGAGUGAGAUACAUGGAGCAAAUUUUCCCAUGCAAAAUGGGAGGUUUUUCAAGUGCCAUGCCUACCCUGGCUGCUGCUGUCAUUUAAUCAUUCUAUACUUCUUCUAAGACUGGUAUGAGCAUCCUUUCAUUCUAAAGGAGCAGUUUAUAUGGGGAAGUAGCAGACUAGUGGAUGUUAUUUGUUGCACGCUGGGCCAGCGGGCACUCCUGGCACCUAUCCUUGUUCUGAAACAAGUCUCUGGGUCAGGUCUAGGCCAAGUAUGUGGUUUGGUUUAAAUUGGGUCGGUUGGGGUAGGCAUGGAUAGCUGGCAGUCCAGGGCUUAUCCAGCUGCCUGUCACCCAUUCUCACCAUGGGGUAGCUUGCAGCUUCCUUCCUGCAUCUGGAGAGCUGGAACAUGCAUGUUCACUACCAGGCUUGGGAGACUUUGCUUUCCUGAGACAUGGGAAUUAGGAAUCUGCCCCCUACAUUUCCAAACAGUUUACUGCUGAUAGAGCUGACCUGUUUCCUCCCAAAUCUGAUAACCUGUUUCUCACCCACACUCAGAGAAAAAAAUCCAAGACAAAAGCAAGAGUGCCAUGUCCUUUACCCCAGUGCCAGUAAAAUAUCUUUUUCAAUUGGUUCAGUUUCUAAAUGGAAUGAAAUUGCCCAGGUGGAAACCCUCCUUCCCAUCGGGCACUUUCACAAUCCUUCUCUCAGACUCCUCAGUGAAAGUGGUGGCUGCUGCAGUGAGCCUCGGCCUGUCACUAUGAAUGCUCAUCUUUUGACUGAGUGUAUCAUAAUAAUAUUUGAAUUCAGGUAGAAGUACAGUUGUCACUUGAAAAGGGAGUAGAGGUGGAAGGGAGUUUGGGGAGGGGAGGGAAGUGGGGAAAGAGAGGCUGAAGAAUGAGGGUGGUGGUAGCUUUAGCGAUGUUGAUGAGCCACAUUUCCUGAGCAGAUCUGCGGCAUUUACUGUUGACCUCUUUUGAGAUGAACUCUCCCACAGGACUUGCCAGACAGCACGGAGACAUGGGGAAAAUUCAGAGAGAAAAUGGCUCACCUUGGUAGGGAAAGGGGAGUGACUGUGUUUUAAAUUAAACUUGCUUUAUCCAACACUGUGAGGUUUCUGUAAUAUUUAGCUUUUAUUUGGAAGCGACAGCGUAUGGCAUUUUUUAUGCUGUUUCAUUUAUAUUGUCUACUGCAGGCUUCUUUGUACAAGCUUUGCCCCGGGCUCAUCCUCUCUUGGACACUGUUUUAGAGUGUCACAGCUGCCCAUACUGCCAGAGGCUCUGUUGUACUUAUACUCUCUAGAUCCACACUUUAAGUCAGCAUGAUUAGUGAUGACUUUUCGUGGUAAUAGAAAAGCCCACUAACUUAAAAAAAAAAAGGAAAGGAAAAUAUAAAUCGUGCCUCAUCUUUCACUGAACUCUAUAUUUAUUAUUCUAGAAAAAGAGAACUUAUGAGAUGGAGAAGAACUAAUAGAGCAUCUGCUUCAUCCCUCAGGCUGUCCCAGGGGAAGUUAUUAACAAACGCUUAAUGGAAAAUUAAAAGAUCUUCAAAUUUAAUUUUUAAAAAUAGUUUUAUACCAAAUGUUAUAAGGAUUAUUAAGCAGAUUAAGGAAUGUGUCAAACAAGUGCUUAACUUAGCUAAGCACCCGUAUAUCAAAUUAAUAAAAUCGUUUAAAAUGAGUUGGAAUAGAAACCAGUAUCAGUCCCCACUGAGUUCCACACUCAUGAAGGUACCCACUCUCAGUCACAGACACUUCUGGUACCCAGAGGCAGCAGCACUAGAUGCUGUUGAGAAGCUAGUAUGUAAGAGGGGUUUUAUUAAAGCAUUUCCUGCUACAUAGGCCAGUGGCUGUUGUGAAGGAAAUAUCCCUUUGCCUUCCAUCUAUUUACACCUUGAAAGCAGAUGAGUUUCUCAGUUCCAUCUUACUUUAAAUUGAAACAUUCUAAAGAGAAGAAAAUAAGAUCCAAGCAGAAAUUUACUAGAUGCUGCCAAAUCAAACCCAUGAUCUCUGAACAGGAACCUUCCAGGCCUGCUUCUCUCCCAGCACUAGUAGUUCUAGGAGUUCUGUUCCAGAAACCCUUUAUAGUUGGCUGGCAUGUUUACUUUCCGCUGUAGCCAGCCUAGAUGAAUGCACCCUGGCCCUCGAAAAUUAGAAUUUUACCUCAAUCUAGCUGACCCUCAUACUUGUGGUUCCCUCUGAGAUGAGCAUCCAUGCUAAGUGUUUAAAAAAAAAAGUUAGGAAUGCCCUCAGAACUGAAGCUCUUAGUAAGUGGCAGGCAGAGCUCCUGCCAGCUUUGAUCCAGCCCUUCUCAGGCUGAGGGCAGGCAGUCCUACACUGUAAAGAAUUUCCAGAUGUCUCUUAAAAUGUCACAAAUAAAAUUGGAAACUUAGAGGUGUUAAUGUGUCCUAUGGACUCAACAGCAGAGUUUAUUUUUGUUUUUAACGGCAAGGUGUCUAGAGUCAAUGACUAAAUGAGUUCCCUACUCUGGCUGUGCUUGCAGCUCCAUGCAAGUGCAAGGGAAGAACCAAUGAGGCGGGCUGGCCGACAGGAGGGCACGGCCCUGUGAUGCCCCAGUGUAAGCCCAGGAGAGGUCAACGGUAGUGCAGAAUGAGAACUUGGGGGGCGGGGUGCAGGGGCUAGGUGGGUUGGCAGGGAAGGGAGAAAUGGAGUUUUGUUUCACUUACCGAUAAAGCUUUGUGAACUAAUUUUAUACAGCUCUGACAAUUUGGUGCCUUGUACCCAAUUACAAUUUGCAUGGAAUUGAAAAGAUUAAGGGAAAGGAUUCUUUCUUGUCAUUUCAAGUGGCAAAUGGGUCUGUGUAGUGUUUAAAUGACAUCUGGUAUCACAGACUUUGAAGAAGCAUUUCAUCUCUCUUGUGUGUGAAUGCAAAUUAUUCUUACCAGCAAGCUCUGAAGUUUACUGUCCUGUCCAAAAUCUAUGUAUCUGUGAUACUCAUCAUAUGACUUCUUCUCAAGGCAGACUGCGUAUCCCCGUUCUUUCACACCACACCCCUCACUUCCAAACAUUAGCUCGGGCCUUUUCAAGUCAGGCUGGGAGAGCUACCCCUUCCUAAACAUAAACCAUCCCUAUUAGGAUUCUGGGCUUCUAUUUUAUAGAGCGGAGGGGUUGUUUUUCCAGCUGGUUGGGAGAGCACAAAUGUUCAGAAAAGGCCUUUUAGUUUUUAUCAACACAAUGCCUAACGCUGGGCAACCUAUGGUAGAAGUCCAGCAAAAAUGGUUCCUCCUCAAAUGGUACCGCCACUCCUUCUGAAGUUCUUUUUGCACAAAUUUUCAGGAAGCAGUAUAAAAACAACGCCCCACAUGUGAACCUUAAGACCAUAAGGCAAACCAAGUCACUGUGUACUAUGUAAAGGGAAUAAUGCAAACGAGAAGGCUCAGAGACUGUCCCAGUCCCCCAGCCCCUUUCCCUGGCAGAUGCUGACUCGGAUAUGGUGUGCUGUAACUGGAAAGGAAGUGAUGAGGCCCAGUGUUCUCAUCUGCAGGCCUGUUUAUAGCAUUUUUCUUUUACCUUAAGGUUCCCAGUCCGCUGAGCUCAUGAGACUUCACCAAAGGGUGUUUAAAAAGGUCACCACUCAAAGCACACUUGAUAAUUGGGUCCCCCAGCCUACUUACUUGCCUAAUUAGAUAAGGUUCUAUCUUUAGGGUAAAACCUUCCAUGUCUAUUUAGUUUUUUACUGGGUAAGUAUGCAUCUCCUUGGUGGUUCAGAUUCUUUUUAAAUUCAGCACUAAAGUGGAAAAGCACCUUUAAAUAAGAGUGUGAAUUUAGUUUGUAUCUUACAUGGUUAAAUUAACCAUUCUCUUGGUCUAGGGCUUUGAUUUUAACCACUGUGUACUUGUAUUUAGAACCACACCUGAUUCUAAAUACACCACAGCUACUAUAGUAUGGAGGCAAGCAGUCAUUUUUGUGGCCUCUUUCCAUACUUCUGCUGGCAUGUUUCCACUUAAAAUCUAAGUAGCUAGUACAAGAGACUUUUCUAGUACUGUGGGCUACCUAGCCAGGGCUGAAAGAUGAUGUAAAAUUGAUUUUCCUUGGUGAGAAUGUUAGGUGUUGGCAAUGGUGAAUGCAAGCACUUUAAUUUACAAAAUUAAGGAUUUUUCAUCAAAUUUUUGGAAACUGCAGAUUUGGUACCUGUAUUUGCUAACUUCUUACCACUUUAAGUUUGAAUUAAACCAGUUUAAAUGAAACCUUACCCACCACUGGGUUUAAAAAUCAACCAGCAAUAAACAUUAUUAUUUAAAGCUAAAACAUUAAACGUUUGAGUGAAAUCUGAAUUACGCUUCCUAGAAGCUGUCAUGUCUUUAUUCUUGCUGGAUUCUGAUUUUCAGCUUUGGAAUUUUUUACCCAGUAGAACUGUUCAAAAUUGUGAGUAGUUCUGGCAGCAAACUUGAUGUGAAUUUCAUUCCUAUAAAGAACAGGAGGUGCUGGUAUUUCUUUUCUUAGCAGUGGUCUGAUGGAGUUUAGAAUCUAUGCUAUGGCUUCAAAGUUUUAAUCACCAUUUGGGGUGGGGUGGGAGGAUGGCCUCAAACCUGAGCCUUGCUCCAUGUAUGUGACCCUUCUUCAUCAUUAUACCCAGUGAGAUAUAAAAACCUGGCAGAACAUCUGUGAUCCCAAUGUAGUCUCUAAAGGAUGUUAAGCUAACCACAGUCCUGAAUUCACACAAGCUCAUAGCUCCUUCUUCCUAACAGGUAGAAUCUAUCUGAUUAACACCCACAAGAGAAUAGAGAAUGGUGCUUUAAAAAAAAAUUUUUUUAAUGUCAUUCUCAUACAGCUUUCUUAAUGAGCUUUAAGCUGGCAAGGUCAAAAAAUGGACUAUUUUGUCCUGUUUACCUUUAGUGACUAGACUGCUAGAGACAACAUCUGUCAGCUGUAACAAGAAAACUCUGAUUAGGCCACUGUGGUGCAUUUAUACUGACUCUUGUUUCCAGUUCAUGUCCUUUAAUCACAUACCACUUCUGUAGGAGACCUGGCACAUAAAAGCAGUAUUUAAAAAAAAAAAAAAAAAAAAGCCUGGUAGAACAGACUAGGAGAAAAAAAAUGCCAUGGGGAACCUCUUUUAGAACCAAGAAUAUACUCAAAUUUAUACCCAUUUCUGAAGAGGGCAGAGAAGCUGGCAUUUUGAACCAAACAGCUCUAACUCAUCUCUUCUCUCCAUACCAGUUCCUUACAUAUUCCAUUUCCAAAGAAUCCAAAGCCCCUGGACGGUGGCAUUACCAUCAAUUUUAGGAUCAGAAAACAUUUAUUUCCUUGUGAAGGAAGCAGCUUUCUCAAACAGAAGUCACUUUAGUGCCCACUGCCCAGACUUAACAUCUUCCUCCAUCUGCACAUCACUGCCCUCUUCUUGCCACUAAAUCCCACUCUAUUACAGCAACAAUGCCUCCCUGGUGCCUGGAAAACCCACCCAAUGCACUAAAAUGCUAUGCAACACCAAAUGGCUUCUUCCCCCAGUACUGCUCAAAAACGGAAAUUCCUCAAGAAUAAGCUUCAUCCCAUGUUAACAUCAAUGUAUGGUGGUUACGGUUUUUUUUUGCUUGUUUGUUUUUUUCCCCCUUUUAAAAUGAAGCAAGCCACCUCCAUUGGAAUCCAUGUUUGGGGCUUGUUCCUAUCUCUUUUGAGUGUGAAAUAUAAAUCAUGUUUUUAUGAUUUUUGUAAAUCUUGACUUUUUACACCUUGUUUUUUGUAAGCAGAAGUUUCUUAUUAAAAGAAUAAAAAUGGCUAUC